AUGGUGAAAAUUCCAGAAAUCUACCAAGCAAACGCUAGCUUCGGCAAAAACAAUGACAGUCCCCAAGGUCUCAUUUGUGUAUUUGCUGGAGCAACAAGCAAUAUCAGUGCUUCUACUCUCGAGGCACUAGCAGAGAUGUUGCAAUCCCCCACUUUUUACGUACUGGGGAGAUCAGCGACGAGAUUCGCUACUCAACGCGAGAAGCUCCUCAGUAACACGAAAGAAAGUUUGGAAAUAACUUUCGCCCUGUCGUACUAUACACGCAUGCGACUCCUAACUAAUCUUCUCCCAUUGCUACGCUGUUCUCCACGUCCGCGUGUUUUGAGCGUCCUCAACGCGGGACAAGAGCAGAUAAUGCAAGAUGAAGAUAUCGGUCUUCAGAAUCCUCAAAACUUUGGCCCUCGCGUAGCUAUUAACCAUACUACCACGAUGAUGACGCUAGGAUUGGAAUAUCUGUCGCACAGGGACGCAAACCAAAAUAUCACUCUUAUACUCUCAUUCCCUGGGUUAGUAGUUAGCGAUAAUUUUUCUCGUUUAACUGCACCAGACUCUUUUAGUUCUGUAGGAAAGAUAUUAGUGCCGCUCAUUGGCACUUUCUUCAGUGUCUCAACAGCAGAGUGUGGUGCCAGGCAGGCGUUUCUCUUGACAAGUGGUAGGUUUAAAAGAGGGAAAACAUGGAGGAUAGAUGAUAAAAGCGAGGUUGUUACUUCUUCGAAUGAUGCAUUAGAAUACUAUCGAGAAAAGGGUUUGCGAGAAAAGGUCUUUGCGCACACUUUACAAGUCUUUGAGAAAGCGACAAGUACUGAAUAA